AUGAAUUAUGACGACGUUGUGUAUUUAUGUUUGUUGUUUUUCUCGAUAGCUUUCGGUUACUACUACCGAACCAUCAAAGACAAAGACUUGAAAAAAAAUGUUGGGACUGCUGUUGGUCUUUGCAUCACUCUGAUUGUCUCCGGGAUUCACAUACUCCACUCCUUCGUCACCGUUUUUGUCAACAUUUUGAUAAUCUUGUUUGUGAAUAAGAAACAAUGUCACUUGGCCAGUUUUGCCUUCUCCUUCCUUUACUUGCUCUUCUUCCGCUCAACUAUUCACUUCGGGAUUCCAUACCCGCCAGCUCACACUAAUCUAGUUCAAAUGAUCCUCACUUUGAAGCUGGUGGGUUUAGCUUUUGAGGUAAACUCCACUCACAAUUCCCGGAAGAAACGGGACACGUCCGAAAAAAACCAAGAGGAGAGAGACGAAGAUGAGGCUAACAGAAUCGAGCCGACGUGUCUCGAUAUUAUCCACUACGCGUUUAAUUACGUGGGCGUUUUGACCGGCCCUUAUUACCGGUAUCGCACUUUUGUCGACUCUCUCAACUUCCCGUUUUCCGAACACGCGGACUGGAAGAAAGCAACUAUUGACAAACUCAAAUAUGUUCCUCUUUACUCUGCUUUAUUCCUUUGGGGCUCUUACUAUUGGCCAAUAUCUUACGCGAUGAGUGACGAAUUUUAUGAGAGAUCUUGGCUGUACCGCUAUUGGUACAUUUGGCCGAACUUUUUCAUCUUCAGAAUGCGAAUUUACAUUGGAAUAGUGUUAUCAGAGUGUGUCUGUACCAUGGCAGGUCUUGGGGCAUAUCCCACUCUAACGAACCCUAAACCGGGUCAGGGACCAUCGGAGAAAUUCCACGAAAUGAAAAAACUCAUAUCAAACGAGGAUGCGUUAAAAAAGACUGACUACGAUUUUGAAACUAUCCAUAAUAUUAACCCAUAUGGGGCCGAUUUUUGCACCACUUACAGGGAGGCGAUGAAGCACUGGAAUAUCUGUAUACAAUAUUGGUUGGCGGUCAAUGUUUACAAAAGAUUCCCCAGCAAAAAAUACAGAACGGCUGUCACCAUGCUAGUGUCUUCCUUUUGGCACGGGGUCUACUCCGGGUAUUACGUUUGCAUCGGAACUGCGCCCCUUUGCCUCAUGCUGGAGGAUGUGUAUUACAAACUGUACCUCAAGGACGGAAAAGGACCGUAUUUCAAAGUAUUGGAAUGGGUCCACUGGUUUUUCAGAAUGCACUUCUUUUCAUACCAGGGCAUUGCGUUUUUGUUACUUGAAGUUAAUCUCAUUUUGAAAUACUAUAACUCGAUUUAUCACGCAGGGUUGGUUUUGUGGGUAAUUUUGUACGUUGUUGGGUUUAAACUGUUGAAGGACAAGAGGCGCAGGGAGAAAAAAAUAGCCGAGAAGGCGGCAAAAAAUGAAUAAUCUUGGAAUUGUGUCUUCGUUAGUGUAGUACAAAAAGAACCAAAAAUAUUUUAAUAAAGGUGAUUUUGCAAUUGAUAGGGUUUUGUAAAAUGUAUUUGUACGUAAUGAUGGGGCCAUACAUUGUUUAUGAUUGUAGACAAAUAAAAAUUUGCAUUACC